AUGAAGGGAUUGUGUAAGGAUAAGAGGUUACAUGAGGCUACUCAUUUGUUGUAUUCAAUGUUUUGGAGAAUCUCUCUGAAAGGUAAUGGCGAGGAUGUUGUAAUCUAUAGGACUCUUUUGGAUGCUUUAUAUGAUGAUGGAAAGUUCGAAGAAGCUGUGGAAAUUCUUGGUAAGAUUUUGAGGAAAGGACUGAAAGCUCCAAAGCGAUGCUAUAACCAACUUGAUCUUAGUCAGUGUGGUGAUGGUAAAGAUGCGGAAGUUACUAAACGGCGGAUUCACGAAGCUUUGGUAAGGGGUUCAGUUCCUAGCACUGCUAGUUAUAAUGCCAUGGCGGUUGAUCUAUACGAAGAAGGUAAGAUAGACGAGGCGGAUAAAGUUAUCGUUGAAAUGAAAAACAAAGGCUUUAAACCAAAACAUUUUAUUUUUGAGGCAAAGGUAGCUGCAUUGUGCAAGGUUGAUACUGUCGAUGAAGCGAUCAAGGUAAUUGAAGAGGACAUGGUGGAAGUCAAUUGUCUACCAAAUGCUAGGGUUUAUAAUAUUCUCUUGAAAACCCUUAGUAAUGUUGGAAGUUCGACAUUAGUGCUCGAGAGCUUGAACAAGAUGUCGAAAAAGGUAGGUUGCAUGGGCGACAAAGAAACGUAUAACAUUUUACUAGAGAUGCUUUGUCAUGAGAGAAAGCAUCUUGAAGCAAGCAAAAUUUUGGAGCAAAUGUCAAUUAAAUCAUACUGGCCUUGUGCCAAUAGUUACAAUUUGCUCAUUGAGGGUAUUUGUUCCUUAGGUUGGCAAUACGAAGCUGUUAUGUGGUUGGAGGACAUGAUUAGCCAGGGGAAACUUCCUGAAAUUUCUGUUUGGAGUGCAGUAGCAUCUUCGUUUUGUAAUUCCGAUUUGUUGAAAGUGUCAGUCGAGAUGUUUAAUCGCCUAAGAAGUUUGUGA